GACUACCCCGUCCUGGAUACUCCAGUUCCUAUGUUGAGAAACAUCAACAGUAACCCGGGAAAGGUAGCCUCAGAGGCGGGUAACAACUCCUCCUUCUCAGCGUGUGUCGGCUGAGCUGUGAACCCGAUCAACUGGACCCUCGGGCGGGAUGACCACAAUGGCUGCAUGUCGCUAGAAAAAGUUGCUAGCUUAGUUGGCACAACUGCGAGCUAGCAUUGGUUUGCUAACGUUAGCCGGCUAACGCUAACGUUAGCAAACAUACAGCUGAUCGAAACCGAAGCAGCCCGGAGAAGUUCGGAUCUUAUCAUGAGGACGUCGGCAUGAAUGUGGACAUUUAGACGCCUGGGAUCACCUCACUACAGGUGAAUGGGAGAGAUGAAGAGCAGCAGGAGGACUGAGGUGUCUAUCAAAAGCUCUGCGCAGCAGCUCACCGAUCAUAGUAUUGGGACAGAGCUGACAACUGCAUGGAAAAGUUUGGCUCAGCCCAAAGCUGCUUUGCGGCAUAUAGAAAACCAUAUAGAGGCAGUUCCAGGGACUGGGGUUCUCUUGCACUCAGUCAUGGACCCACCCAAGGACAAAGUGUCCAGGACUGUCCGCUGCAGGGAUGGGCAGCAAGCUAACAGAGGGUCUUCAAAGCGCAGGGGGCGAAGUCAGCAGAGUCCAGAAAAGAGCAGCUCACGCAGCCCACUGCGAAAUACCACCCAGGACAGCAAUGUCUGCAGGAACAACUGUGUGGAGUUUAGGGAACCGCUGGCAUCAUACAGAGGGGCCACCCCUCCACCACAUCCAUCCUCUCAGCUGGAGUCCUUCAGCGGGCAGUCAGUGCCAGGGUCUUCAUACCCAUCCUCAGAUCCUCUGCUCAGCCAGCUAGUCUACCAGAGGGACACAAGAGACAAGCAGACGGUCAGGGACCUGGACAGCAUACACUCCUCAGCUCUUGAGAGCACCAAGGUCCGCUACCUCAAUGAUCAGCCAGCCCUGGACACCCUGAAAAUGAAUGGAAUCCAUUCAGAUCUCACAGGUGUAAGAGCUCCAUUAUGGGAGGGGUCUGAGGAGGAUAGCACUCCCAAAGCACAACUGGGCAUGGACAGCCAACAGUCAAGCCCGUGUCUAGCUCCAGCCCCGGGCUCUGUACCCCGAGGGGAGAGCACUUCCUCCACCAGCCCUGGCUCAGCUUCUCAGAGGCUGGAAAAGCUAAGGCGACAUCAGCCUGAUGAUAAACUGGAGAAGCUCAAAGAGCGUAUUCGAAGGCAGAGGCAACAUCUGGAGGAGGCUGCAGAGAAAGAGAGGCUGCUGGGUUUUCUGGAGCAGCCUAUUAUGGCAGCUGUGGGGACUAACAAAGCUGAUACCAACAACAUACCCACAGCCAAAAUAAGGAAAGUAGCUGCUGCACCCCCUGCUCCUAUAUACAAAGGUUUCAACAGUACUGAGACAAAGAUUCGGACCCCUGAUGGGAAAGUGUGGAAGGAGGAGGAGUUUCUUAACCUCAGCAGGGACGUAUACAGGGACCUGUCAAGACAGUUUGCUGAGAGCCCCAGAUCGCGGCAUCAGCAGCAGAGGGAAGAGGGAGCAGACAGGUCCAGGGAGAGGAGGCCCCCUAAACCAACCAGGAAAGUCCACAGAGCAGCCCCUGCCUCUGACCUAAAUGCAAAACCAGUGAUCAGCCCUGCAUCGUGGCGGGACGGCCAGAAGCUGGUGAAGAUGGUACUGGGUCCAGUUUCGCGGCUGCCGAGGGAAGAUGACAGAUCCCAUCCAGUUGAUGGACUGAGCCGAACAGCUUCCCAUCCCCACUCCAGUUCAGAGCCACGCUCAAAAUCCAGCCGACGAUCUCGACCCAACAGCACAGAGAGGCCUCGCAGUGGUUUCCAGGAGCAGUCAAAAAUCCCCUCCGCAACCACAUCUUGCCCCUUCUCUGCGGCUCAGGACAAGGAGCCGGUGGCUGUUGGCACAGACCUUUUGUCAGCAGACAUUCAGGGAAUACUUGAUGACCUUCAGCUGGAGUGUAAAGCAGCCGAGAAGGAGGAGAGGGCCAGGCAAAGGUCCAGAGGAGGGAGCAAUGUCAGGAGAGGGAGAGGGGGAUCAGGGUCACGAACAAGAACUCCAAUGUCUGCGUGGGGAACUACAGCGGCCACAGGUAGCUCCUCGAGGGGAUGCCGCAGUGCCAGCCCCACUAGACACAGACCGGAGUCUGCCAACACGACUGAUACAGGCCACAAAAAUCGCCACUAUGAUGCGGAUGCCGUUCGCCACUACAUCAUCCGGCAACAAGAGGAGAGAAAGAGGCGUCUGGCGGAGGACAAGAGGGCACUGAGGGAGGAGACGGAGAGGAGGAACCAGAGACUGCAGGAGCUCUACAGGAAGCAAAGAGAAGUCGCUAGAACAGUGGCCGUUCCCAUCGACCCACCUGUGGCUCCUGUACAAAAGCGACUUCAGGAGACCUACAACAAACUGCUGUUGGAGGAGGCCGAGCUCGGCGAGGACGUCACACAGAUGCACCCUGCGGCUCCUAGUCAAAUGAGACCAAUGUACCAGCCCUCUGGGGAGUCUGACAAAGAGAACAAAAGACUAGAUGCCCCUCAUAGCCCCUCGAGCAGCGACAGGUCUUUAAAUGAUCAGCCACCUCCAUUGUACAGGGACGAUCUGGAUGUUGGAGUUUCCUCUUUUCUUCAACCUGACCGUCUGAGCCCUGCUGUGCGACCCACAGCUCGACACAGCGGCAGUACGCUAGCUCCUUAUGGUGACCAUCUUCUCUCUCAGCUUCUCCGGCUGGAGACGGAAGUGGCUGCCAGUAACAUCAACCACACCCCGCGGCCGGCUACAGCACCUACCAACAGGUCACCAUUCAAGAUGUCCCGCAUUGAGGCCCUCAAGGCCAAGGCCGCAUCCCUUUCCAAUCGUAUAGAGAGUGAGGCACGGAAGAUUGCUGGGGAAGGAGUCAACUAUGGUACGGCAGCUUCAGCUGACAUGGAUGCUAUUUUGGCUCCUCUGUCCUCUCAGGCUUAUCUUGACGAUGGACGCUGGGCAGAAACGGCUGCCACAGAAAACAAUGAUGAGGCAUUUGGUGUCAAGAGGAUUUGGACGAGCACAGGUCAAAGUUCAUAUGACAGCACAGCUCUUCCAGGAGUGGGCAAUCUGCACACCCUUAGCAGACAGAAAGAAAGGAGGAGUGUACAAACCAAUUUGACCAGUCCACAAAUAAAUUAUGGCGACGGAACGGGGCCCAUUCACAACAGUUAUACACAAGAAAGGGGAAAUUUGGUCAAUGGCUUUGAAAAGGUAGAAAUAAUUGAUAAAAUGGCCCAAAGGAGCGGCUUUGACCAGAUGGAGAAUCAGACAGGUCUCCAUGACUCAAGUGCCAGUUCAAUCAGUGAGGGUCCCAUACUGAGUGAAGGGAGUUUCUCAGAGGAAGAGGCCAGCCCUCCCCGCCCCUCCAACAAUCGUGUAUCUCGACCAGCAGGCCACCUGGAGGCAGCUGAGUACUGUGCAGGUCGGAGAGGGGAUUACCAGCGGCUGACUGAGUUCCAGAGGGAGGCAGCAAAGUGCUCCGCUCUCAGCCCCCCCUUUGCUCAGCAGGACUGCAGUAAAAUGGCCUGGGAAGAGCUGAACAAAGGAAGCCCUUUAAGCGUUAUCAACAUUUUCACCAAGAACCUUCAUGGGCAUGUUAAAGCGAGUGAGAGAAAAUCUCCCUCUCCCCAAUCCUAUCACCCUGGAAAUGGCCUCUGGGAUGCAGCGGUCUAUGAAGAUGACUUUGUGUCAUCAUCACAAAGCAGCAAAACCACCGGCCAAUUAAGGAGAGGCUCAAAAUCGCCGAGUGUGAACAGUCACUUUGAGGAGCUGAUCAGAAGGUCUCCUUAUGAGCCAAGUAGAGGAGGCAUCAACUCCCACCAUUCAUCCUUUCACUCAUCUGCCCACUCACCACGUGUUUCCUCUGGUUCAACAUCUGGCUCCUCACCGCUCUCAAAGUACUCCAGCAGAAGAACAGGCACAUCAGACCAGAGUGAUGCCACUUUAGUGGAAGAGCAGAGGAGCCCCUGCUCACCCCGGUCAGAGGUUUUAUCCUCCGACUCCAGGAAAAAGGGCUCAGACAAAAGCUCUGCCCACAGCGAGGCUAGGAGUGUCCUCUCCAGUGAUCUCUCAGGGCAUCCUCACCAAAGUUCGGCGCUGGAUGGAAAGAUGUCAGCUUCGGCGGUGACUCCCAAGCAUGCUUCUCCUUCUGGCUCUCCAGACCCUGGUUCUCCUCCAGGAGCAGACUCUUUCAGUGAGCCUGUAAGAGGUCGCUCAGAUUACAUCGGCACUGGCAACUCAGCUGGCAGUGGGAGACUAGAGAACAGGACCACAGGUGAACUACAGUAUUCACCUGCUGUUCUGCAGCAGCGAAUGGCAGCAGAGCUCCACUACCUGGAGUCUGUUGAAGAGUCGGUCCGGCAGCUGGGCGACGUGGAGAGGCUGAUAGGUGUUUCCAUGGCUCAGCAGGACAGUGCCAAUUUGGCACAAAUGCUAAAGGCCAAGGAGCAGCGCCAUGAGCGUGACCUCUACGAACUGAAGAUCAAGACUGAAAGAGAAGCCCUGGGGACGCAGCUACAGAUGGAGGAAAAUCGGCAGAGAGUGGCCAGGGCUCAUACAGAGCUGCAGGAGACUUUGGCAGCGAACCAAAAAGAGACUUUGGAAGGCCUCCAGGAGGCAACUACUAAGAUGAUGAGUCAACAGGCUGAGGCAGCACGGUACACAGCCGAUGCUGCCCGACACAUCAAGGAGAUGACAGAAUUGGCACGGUCGCAGAUAGCGGGGGCCUUGGUUGUCGCUCCUGUUGCUGCAGAUUCCUCCAUGCUGGACCGGCGGGUAGAACAUGAGAGCUCCUACACGAAACAGCAACAAGAUCAAGCUGACUCUGAUAGCUUCCAAAGUGAGGUGUCGAGCAGAAGGGCCAAGCCAGAUGAAUCUCUGUCUUCACUGAACAGCCAAUCUGACUCGCUUUCUUUCAGAAGACCCAACAUGAGUGGAGAAAAUUCGAGCAGCCUCAAUACCCCAUCGUACGUCUCCUCGGACCACAGAGAACCACCAAAGAAAGAAGCAGGAGAGGGCAAAAGGAGGAACGGGGGAGCAGAGGGGAGGAGAGAGAGGGAAGCAGGAAGCAGCUCCAUAGAGGAGGAAGUUCUUACGGCAGCAAAUGACUCCCUCUGCAGUGACAGCAUCCCCUCUAUAGUGGAUGAGAAAGGAGACAGUACAUCAGUGGCAACUGAGUAUUCCCUCAAGUUUGAUGAAUCCAUGACAGAGGACGAGAUAGAAGAGCGAUCAUUCCGCUCUUUGCUGCCGUCUGAGGCGCAUCGCCGAGGAACCAUCGAGAAAAAGUCUCGACACCAUGAGGAAUCGGAGGACGAUGGCGCCAAUCACAACACAACUUUGGUUUCAGGGGCACACAACAUCUUUAAGUCUCAAGAUGGAAAGAUGGCCUUCUCUGGUGGUCAGGACAGCUUUUCUCAGUUCACCAUGGACAUGGUGCGUCAGUACAUGAAGGACGAGGAAGUUAGGCUGCAGCACCAGAGCUCUCUGUUGCAUCUUCGCCAGAAGGCUCUUAAAGAGAAGACCAGAACUGAGCUGGCCUGGCUAGAGCACCAGAAGAAUAGGCUGAGGGACAAGGGAGAGGAUGACAAAAUGCCACCGCUCAGGAAGAAGCAGAGGGGCCUUCUGAUGAAACUACAACAGGAGCAGGCUGAGAUCAAGAGACUUCAGGAGGCCAACAAAGCAGCGAGGAAGGAGAGGCAGCUGUUGCUGAAGCAGCAGGAGGAGAUUGAGCGGAUGAGAAACUCGACACUCAGACUGAAGGAGCGUCUCAAGUGUGCUGGGGUUGAAGCACCACCUGAGACUCCUGUGUCAGAAGCACCACUGUCGGAGCCGGCCUCCCCCAACAUGAGACAUGCUGAUGAUAACCGCAGCCCCUCUCCCUCGCUUUCCAUCUCUGGAAGUGAGACGAGCAGCAUCAUGCAGAAGCUUAAGAAGAUGCGCACUCACACGGAUGAGAAACACUGCUCUCCUGUCCACUACUUCCUCUCUGUGUUCACUGCCCACCACUGGGCCUCCCUCAGUCUCUGUCUUCCCAAACUCCAACCUAAAUUCCAGCUCUUUAUCUACAACCAGUUGGUCAGGUUCCUUACCAAGCGAGAGCAGCAGCUGAUGCACAGGCGCCGCCAUGCCGAGGAGCUGCUGCAGUGGAAACAGCGGCUGGACCAGGAAGAGGCAGAGGUCCGUAGGAUGGAGAGGGAAGCCCGGGCUGUCUGGGACAAGACGAGAUCUCAACCUAAGGAUCGUGAGGCGCCAGAGAGUCAGAAAGAGGAGAUCUCUGACACGAGUCCCGGUAAACAUCAAAGCUCAGAACCCAGGACUGACAGCGAGAGAGAUUAUGUCAGUGAGGGCGACUGUUCCUCAGCAGCACCGGAGUCAAGUAUACACACAGAGGGAUCGGGGUCCCAGCAACCAGGAAGCCCCUCCUCGGCAAAACCUCUGUCAGUCCGUGAAACACCUCUGGCCUCCGUCCACAGCAGCCCUGCAAACUACACCAACGACUUCUCUUCAGCUUCUCCAUCACCUGGCAGACAAUCCGUCCAGUCGUCUAUAGUCAAAGGCAGCCACAGCCCUGCCGCCUCUCCAUCCGACGGCAGCAGCAAGACCAAGAUGCAGCUUCACUCCUCUCGGACCAUCAGCCAGGCCCGCACUCAGCCCACUGACUCCCCCAUGGCCGCACCGACUGAACCCAUUUCAGACCAGAGUGACAUAGAGACUCGUAUCAAGGCCCUGAAGGAGGAACUCAGAAAACGAAAGUCUAUGGCCUGCCAGCUGAAAAAAGAGCAGAAGAAGAGAAACAAAGAGCGACUGAAGGCAAAGGAGGCCAGCCUGCUGAAGCAGCUGGAGACCUAUAACGACUUCAUCGAGAAAACUAAGGCAGAACUUGAUGAGGAACCAGACUCGACACCUGAUACAAAGUCCCAGAUUCAAGAUUCCAUAUCAGUCGCAAAACAGUCAAGUAUCAAUCCACCUUCUCACAGGUCUGAAAAGAGCCAAGAUUCUGAAAGGACAAAAAUUGAUGCUUCAUUUGACCGUCAUGCCCCUCUUGAAGUGGAUCAUAGUAGAUCCACCUCGGUGCCUGAAGUAUUAUCUGAUGAAGACCCACCAACUGUCACUCCGACUCCAGUAUACGGCAGCCCAGAGUGUCCGAGGGGCCGUCAGUCCUCUCUGGAUCUUUUAAGACCCACCUCCAAAGAAACCAAGACACAGAUAAUUGAGUCUGGUGACGAGAACAUUCUGUCGGAUCUAAGAUCUGAAAUUCAGGAACAGCUGGAGGUGGAAGUAAGCUCCAGUUCAGAGGAUCAACAUUCUGAACUUCUCCAUAAACUAGAAAAAGAAGACAGACCCGACUCCCGGGAGAAGCAGUCUACACAUAAACAUGAUUCCUCUUCAAUGAGUGAAAAACAUCGAUCAUCUCCAUCUGAAGGAGAGGAUGUUGUGAAACCUACAACUAAGUCACUUUCACCUGCAAUGGACUUAGAAAGCCAGGAGGCACCAAAGAAGGAUGCUGAAGCCUUUGCUUCCUUGCCAGAUGACUAUCAUGAUGACUUUGAGUCAUCACGCGAUUCCUCACCCAGAGAAAAACAUCCCAUCUCCAAGUCAGAGUCUCAAAUCUCAGUUUCCCCGACGGAAAUCAAGGUUUCCAGAAAGGACUCCCCAGGCCGAACCACACCAAAUGACAGCCAAGAUGAAGAAGUAGAGGAGGAAAUAGAGGAUGAGCUGAGUUCCCAUUCUGGCAUGAGUGAACCCAGCGAGCACUCUGGAAGACUGCUGGAGCUCUAUAAGCAGACGGAAGAUUUCAAACAUGACCAAAAGAGCAUCAACUCCAGUCACUCAGCACCCCUCUCUCCUGUGCUGAGCCCUCUCUCUCCUGCUCAGGAUGAGAUGCCAAGUUUUGAAGUGGGAGAUCGGGUUCUUGUGGGUAGCGUUCAGCCUGGCACUCUGAUGUUCAAAGGCCCAACCAGCUUUGCCAAUGGCUUCUGGGCCGGCGUGGAGCUGGAUAAGUCUGAAGGGAGCAACAACGGCACUUAUGAUGGAGUGGUGUACUUUGAGUGUAAUGAGUGCCACGGUAUCUUUGCUCCUCCGGACAAAAUCACACACCUCCCAGAUAAGUUUGGGCUCUACACAGACACCACAGAGGACGAAGACUCGUUCUUUGAAGAUCUGUUAGACAAAGGUGGGGAUAAAUGUGAAAGAGAUGAGGACGGAAAUGAUAAGAAACAAGGAAAACUAAAGAGUAAAAAUGAGCAAACAUCUCAGGACGUUGGGGCUGGAGAUAAAAAGAUCACAGAUGAUUGUCUUUGCAAGAACCAGACCUCACUGAAGCCCACAUCCCACCUCAAUACACAGCAUCACAAGGACUCCAAUCAUCAACUCUCUAAUGGCAACAGUCAGGACAUCAUUUUGGAGUUUGACGAUGCGCCGACCACUCUCCUCAUCUCUGACAUGGCCAAGAUUGACCUGGAGAAGAAGCCCAGUCCGAAGGAGAUCACAACCCUUGUCGAGAACGAAGAUGUGGACUCACAACACCAGUUUACUCCUGCUGAUCUUUCCACAGACAUCGGGGAGGUCGAGGGAAAAGAGAGGGAAACAGACAAACUGGACAAAUUCACAGACACGCUCUUCAACAACUUUCUGACAGACACUGUGAAGCAGUUUACUGAACUUAAAAGGGCUAAAGAGCAGAAGAUCAAAGAUGCCAACCAGAUGAAUGGAGAGCUGUUGGGUGAAAAUGUCGAAGAGGAGUGGAUCCCUACAGUGGAACAAAAAGAUGGUCUACCAUUCUUCCCAACCAUAGAAAAAGAGGAGCUGUCUUCACCGGAGCUGUGCAACCGACCGGAGAGUCCAGUGUUAGGGGCCAGUGGUCAAGAGGAGCUUGCCAAGCGACUAGCAGAGCUGGAACUGAGCCGUGAACUGCUGGAAGACCUUGGUGACGAUGAGGACUGGUUUGAUGAGGACUAUGGCCUCAGCUCCCGCAGGGAACAGCAGAGGCUUAAACAGAGGCAGAUAGAGGAAGAGGAAGAGCUCAGGCUAGGAGGCCUGGGGAGGUCUGGCUCAUCCACUCCUAUGGGUGGAGAAGGGCAGGUCAAGUCUCCACCUAGACCCGAGCUUCCUCUCCCUCUACCUCCCAAACUACCUGAGCAGCCGGCCAUGGUGGUGCCCCACUCGGCUGCAGAAGUGGAGAAGAUGGUCCACGCUGCCGCUCAGGAGAUCUGGGAGAGCUGUGGCCUGGGGAGGGGGGGAGGAGUGACCCUUUCACAGCUGCCAAAGCCCAACCCUUCGCAUGAGUAUCUGGGUACAGAGGCGUGCUGCCAGGAUCAGGAAGCCCUCUCCAUCCGCAGCUACAAAAAGGGUGUGUAUGACCUGACAUGGGAGAUCCUGCAGGAGAUCCAUGCGGACGAUCCCAACGCUGAUCAGCCUCAGUGGGUAAAGGCACGACGGGGGAAGGCCUCUUACCACAGAGUCAAGUCCCCAGGAGACAUCACCAAACUCCAGGAAUUCCUCGCAGCAGAGGUGCUGAAACUCUACGGUCUGGCCAAGGACCAGAGCCAGAAGACUGACUGGCAGAAGAUGCUUAAAUUUGGCAAAAAGAAACGGGACAGAGUCGAUCACAUACUGGUCCAGGAACUCCACGAGGAGGAGGCCCAGUGGGUCAACUACGACGAGGACGAGCUGUUUGUCAAGAUGCAGCUGGCAGACAGCAUCUUCGACGCGUUGCUUAAAGACACCGCAAACACGCUGACACAAAUUUGUGACACAAGGGCCAAACGAGAUGACCCCUCUUGACGGCUUUCCUGCUUAGAUUUUUCGAACUACAAACCUCUAGCUCAACCGCAGUUUAUCCUCAGCCCUGUGAGCUCCAGCCAACCUGUCGCUGCUCGGUCUUCCACCAGCUGAUGUGCCAACAGCAACCCUCAGAUGCCUUCAAUCCCAGCAUUACCUCUCGGCUCAACUACUCCUACUUAUUUCAUCGACGUUAAUUUGCUGAAUUUGCUUCAGCUAACUGUCGUGGUUGUACAAUUUGUUGUCACACACAAAAUGCCUCCUGAGCGAUCCUGGAACUUUUAACACCGUCUAGUCUCAGUUCUCCUGUUCUCAUUUCUCACCUCCUGCACUGGUCAUUUUGUAAAUGCCAGUGGGAGAGUGAGCAGAUUUUUUAUAGAGUACAAUGGACUGUGCCAUUUGUUUGCAUUUAAAGUCCAUUAAUGCUGCUAAGAUGAUUGUUCCACAGGGGACUAAAAUAUAAAACCUGGCAGGACAAAAGUAGGUUGUCUUUUUUUUAAUCUUAAAUAUAUAUAUUCCGAUUCAAAAAUGUAAUAGAAUCGCAGAAAAAGUAUACAGUGUAGUCUGUCAGUGAUUUGACUGUGACACAUGAUUGUUUUGACUUUGUAAACCAGCACAUUCAAUUUAACAGUGACGAUGAGUUGAGCUGUCAACUUUAAGCUUUAAUCUGGAGGGAUUUACUCCCCUAUUGGGUGAAGAGUGAUGGGAUUGCAGCCUUUUAUACACAGCCCCCCAUUUUAGGCGACUGUUAGCUUGCCUUAAAACAAAAAUCUUUACAGGGACCUCUGGAACAUAACUGACUGAUUUAGACUGUAAUGACUAUUGAACUGUAAUGACUGUGUGGACCUACAAAGCUGCUAGUUUGUUUCAACUGUAUGUUGAGCUUCAUUAUCCUGCUGCGUUGCCUAAUUUAGAGGGCCGAUUUAUAGGAAGAGUCAAGCCCUUCACCCAAUAGGGAGAUGUACUCUGUUAAAGCUGAGAGUCAGCACUUUGACUUCAUAAUUAUUGUCGACUGUGUGUUGUAAAACAAUGAAAGUGUCACUUACAUUACAAAAAUACUUUCAGACGGCACUGGGAUGGAACAUCACUGAGUUCAAAUAUAUGAAAUUUGUUUGCCUCUUUAGUUAUAUUAUUUAUUGUGUGGCAAAUGUUACUCAGAGGAAACGCUCACAGAGAAAAGAACGUUGAAAAUUGUAAAUGAUCUCGUCAACAUAUAGAUACACAGAUAAUUUUAACAUUGUGUAAAGACAAUUUAAUUAAACUGUAAAAGCACAAAUGUGAAUGUGAACGUGGCAAUAACAUUAUGUCAAAGGUUUAAAAAGCGCUAUUGAUACCAGAAAAUUAACAUGGGGAAAAUUGUUUUAAUAUUUAAAAGUUGUACUGUUGAGAACUAAUUGAGAUUGUUUGUAUGAUUUUGUGGCGUCCACACAACUGUCCAUUUGGUCAACACAAUCACUGUGUCCCACUUUUGUGUUACAUUCUCCUCUUACAAUAUGUACCAGUGAUAACAGAUUGAAAACAAGUAUAACUUAUUGAAUGAUGUGUUUGUACAAACACACCACAUACUCAAGACACACUUUGGUCUGUAAGUGGGACAAGACCGACUGGCAAUUGGCUUGACCUGAUAGAUUUAGAAUCAAAGCAUAGGACGGUACUGAAAUGCUGGAUUUGAACCUUACUUCUUCUCCAGUCCUUUUUCUGUCUGGGACCUCAGAUGACAGCUGUGGCUCUUUCCACCAACAUUUACCCUGGAACUAGUUCCUGUAGCUGAACAUUUUUUUUUACUCAACCCCAAAAACCACUUUAUCGUGCAGCAGCAACGCUCUGAUUGCUGACGUGAAACAUUUGGUUUCACGGCGAUCAACAAGUUGAGAUCAGUCAUCACCGUGUUGCCCAGAAUUUUUUUAUAAACGAUCCUGCUCUUCCUACCGAUUCUUCCGUUUCUGCCUUAUGUCUCUGCAUCAAAGCGUAGUGUAGUAGAGGAGGUUGUUUUUAUACCUUCUCAUUUCCCUGUGCCUGAGGAGAUGUCUGUAAGACAAACACAAAUAACAGACUCGCUCUAAAGGUCACCUGCUUCUUCUUCCUGUCACUCUCCACCUCUGUGCAUAUAGACACAGUUGAGUCAUCGUAUUGAUAACGGUAUCCGGACCUAGUUUGUGGACAGUCCACGGACAUGGAGCAGCUCCAGGCCCUGGGCUGCUCAGAGUGAGUCACUGAGCUGAUGAGACUGAGCACGUAGGACUUUAUCUCAGGGCUUUUUCUGGCCCUCGCUGUCAGCGCUGCUUUGUUCCAACCAACUGUACAAACUCACUGUGGCGUGUGUGUGAUGGAGCGUCAUCCUCCUCACCGACUGUUUGGAGCUAAAGUGACCUUAAACUGAGUACUCCAUGUUAUUUUUUUUCUAUUCUACUGUCAGUGUUUUAACAGUUGCUAAUGUGUUUGUUCAAACUGUAAAUAUUCUAAUGUAGAAAAAGACCAAAAAACAUUUGGAUACUGAUGGUCCACGAUAUACGACUUGUACGUUUGGUCUGUAGGCAGAUGUAAAUGUGAUGCUGACUCCAUUAGUACCUUUAGGAAACAUUUUCUACAAACCCCUCUAGGAUUGUCCUCUUGAAUUGAUUGUAUGUGCGAGGAAGUGAAGUUCUCCUCUGUAACUAUGCAGUACUUGGUCUUAUGCAUUGUUUUAUAUGUAUGUAUCCACAACUCCUGCUGUUAGUCUCUAAGUUCAAAUGCAUUCUCGAGAAGCUUUAAGCCGUUUGCUUUAGGACAGAGUUUUAGAUAAAGUGUGUGGUCUGAUCCUGAUAACCCAAUUAAACUAGGCUGAAAAUAUUUGAUUAUCAAAUGAACGCAGUCCGGCAAGACUUCCCUUCUUCGUCUAAUGAAAUGUUUAUGAAUAUUUAUAAUAAUGUGCUGUGAGUGUGCGGUAAGUGCACUUGAAGGCUUGUACAAUUCUUUUAUGGUUGUAAAUAUACUGUCUUUCCAAUCUGACCCGCUGUAACUGUAACCCGAACGAUUGUUGUAUAAUAAACACUGUUUACUUUGCAAAUAUGUACAUAGUAUAUAUUUGUUAACAAAAACGAACUUUGAAUUUGUAAAUAAAGCUUUGGCUGUUUCUAAAGGAA